GUCUGUAAUUACUUUUUUCUGCCAGAUGUCACUCAUGGGAUCCUCUGUUGCAGAGCUGUUUUCAGCAAUUGACAAGCUCCGUGCUGAACUGCUGAACAAUGUCGAGGUCCUAACAGACUGCCAGCGUGUUGAAGGAGAAAUCAGCCACGGGGAAAUUUUGAGCCUCAUUGAAAACGUAAUCCUAGGAAUAGUGACCAGUCUUUCUAAAGACGAGGCCCCUUUCCUGGCACUGCCCGACAGAUCCAACUGGGCCAACAUCAGUUUUGACAGUGCCAUUGGCCUUCGAAUGACUUUAGGAAGUUCUGUCACCACCAUUAGGAGCGACUGUCCGUCGUCUGUCACUAAAUUCGCGCAAAUUCUCAAGAUUUUCGUGGUCAUCUACAAACUCGUGCAGAGCAACUCGUAUGCAACCAAAAGAGACAUCUAUUACAACAAUACACAGCUGUUUGGUUCACAGAAAACUGUUGAUAGUAUAGUAGAUGAUAUUUCCUGCAUGCUGAAGGUUCCUCGCAGAUCACUACAUGUGUUGGCCACAUCCAAGGGAUUAAUUUCCGGGGAUCUGUGUUAUAUGGAGGAGGACGGCACGAGGAUUGACUGCCGCUCCUGCUCUGCUGCUGCUGCGGUUUCAUCAAACAUCGCUGGGAUUAGAAAUAUUGUAUCCCAUGCAAAGUUUAUCAUGAUCGUUGAGAAGGAUGCAACGUUUCAGAGACUACUGGAUGACGACUUCUGCACGAAGCUGUCUCCUUGCAUCAUGAUCACGGGUAAAGGCGUGCCAGAUGUGAACAGCAGGUUGAUGGUGAGAAAGCUUUGGGACACACUGCACAUCCCCAUCUUGGCUCUGGUGGAUGCUGACCCUCAUGGGAUUGAGAUCAUGUGCAUCUACAAGUACGGAUCAGUGUCCAUGUCGUUUGAGGCCCACAGCCUGACCGUCCCCAGCGUUAUGUGGCUAGGUCUCCUCCCCUCUGACCUCCAGAGGUUGCGGGUUCCCGAGGAUGUCCUGAUCCCCCUCACCAAGAGAGAUGAAAGCAAACUCAGCAGCCUCCUCAAAAGGCCGUACUUAGCCAGCCAACCAGAGUGGCAGAAAGAGAUGGAACUGAUGCAGCAGAGUAAGGUCAAGGCUGAAAUACAGUCCCUAGCAGCCAUAGCUCCGGAUUUCCUCACCAACAUCUACCUGCCCAAUAAGCUGCGUUACGGGGGCUGGGUUUGAGUACAAUGCUGCCACUUAGUGGAAUAACAAGUGAAGUGCUAAAGCUGGUUGCAAAACUUAAGAAAGAUCUUCUAUGUAACUGUCCUGCCUGACCUUGUCAUACAGAGUGUGAAGUUAAGUUGAUUUGCAUAUCUAUUAAUGACUGUGUGUGUUUAUGUGUUCUAAUUGUGAUUCAGAAAUGUCUAAUCCUAUCAUAAAACUGUUCCCAUUGGCUGA